GUCACUGUCAAAGAAAACUUUAAUUUAAUUUCACGAUAUACGUUAAAUAGUUUGUGUAAUGUUUUAUUUAGAAAAACAAUUUUCUACAGUGUCCUGUUAUUGUAGUCUUUCCAAAAUUUACCUUUAUUUUGUUGAGAAGAAUACAUAAUAACUUUUUCUCAAAAUGAGAUAUUUAAAUCACUCGCUGUUUGUGUGGAUAAUUUUCACUUAUUCAUCUGCACACUCACUAUCUUUCUCAGGACUAUACGAAUCAAUGAAAGACAACACAUUUUGUCGUUUUACAGAAUGUUGUAAUGCUGAUUAUAUUCCUUACAACCUUGACAGGUUACAAACCAGUCUAUCUCAACGAAUGUUCGGGCAACCGCUCGUGAACGAGCUGGUGAAUAUACUCUCGGCUCACAGGGAGGCCCUGGAUGACCAGGGUAGGAGAAAUAGAAAGGCUCUUGUAAUUAGUUUACACGGGUGGUCGGGUGUGGGGAAGAAUUAUGCUGUUUCAAUGAUAGCUGAAGCUAUUUACAAAAAAGGGAUGGAGAGUUCGUAUGUCAAACUUUUCAUGGGUAAAAAAGAUUUUGAUUGUGAAUAUCUACAAGAAACUCAAAAAAUAUUGAUGGAAAAGGUUAACAGCAUUGUUAAAAAGUGUUCAAAAUCUCUUAUAAUUUUUGAUGAGAUCCAUGAUAUGUGUCCUUCAAUUCUGGAUGCUAUUCAGCCCAUGCUUGAUCACCAUCACGCUGUUGAUGGUAUAGAUUAUAGGGAUACAAUAUUUUUAUUUAUAUCAAAUAUUGGAGGACAUGAAAUUGCUGAACACUUAUUAGAAUUCUACAAUGAUGGCUUGAGUAGAAAUGAUGUUGACUUUCAUCAUUUUGAACCAAUUAUUCGGAGGGUGGCUUAUCACACUGGUGGUUUUGAAAAAUCAUCCGCUAUAGCCCACCAUUUAAUUGACCAUUACAUUCCAUUUCUGCCAUUAGAGCAGAUUCAUGUAGAGAUGUGUGCAUUGGCUGAAUUCAGGGCACAUGAUGUUCUGAAUCCUUCAGAAAAAAUGAUGGAAGAUGCCCUGUCAAUAAUUACAUAUGGGCCCACAGAAGACCAGCCCAUAUUUGCUAAUAAUGGUUGCAAGAGGUUUACCCGGCAUAUCCCCUAUAUUAUACAAAAGCACAAAACACAGAAAAAGAAGACUGAACUGUAGAAAAGCAUGGAUAUUUCUAUCUCAUUUAAUUUAAUUGAUCAAUGCUUCAUUAUUUGAUAAACAAUAUACAAAUAAGAUGUAGUAUCAUGCAAAGUUAAUUUGGAUCCAUGUAUAAAUUCACAAAUCUUGUAACCAAACUAAUUCAAAAUAAGAGCUCACCUGGAAAGUUGGUUGAGAAAUUCCAUUUGCAUUGACUCUCCAUCUAGUUCUAACCGUAUUGUUAUUGACCUUUUAAAAAUCUAUUUCAAAAGAAGAGGUCACAUUGAUCUGUGCAUGUUAUCUUUAGUUCACAACAGUUGUGUCAUUUUUAUUUCUGGUUGCUAGUGUAUUAUUGUAAAAAGUAAUGUAAAUAUAAUAUGUAUAGGUUGAUAUUGUGAUAAUAGCUUUUAACAAGAUAGUCCAAUUCAGAAUUGGCUAUUCCAUUGUGGUUGGAAUGUACCUACCUGAAUAUACCUAAUCAAUGUGAAACUUGCAUGUUCAAAACAUCAGCAAGUGGUUAAUUGGUUAAUACAACUUUUUAAAACUUGUAGAAACCCUGUAUCUUUUUAAACUAGUCACAUUUUUAUGCUGGUUUUUAUUUUCAAUCAAUUACAUAAUAUCUGAAUAAACUUCCUAUCCCUUAUCAUUAUGAUUGCAAGGUUCAUUGUUUUAGAAAUCAAACUUGUACAUAUGUACAUACACUAAUUAAGUUACUUACAUCAUGGGCCAUAAUAUUGAUAACUGGAUAUACAUUGUAAAUAACAUUUUUUAUUAAAUAAUAACAAAAUAAAUGUGUGUAAGUAUAA